AUGUCAGAAAACGAGAGCGCACCGACGUCGAGCGUUUUAUUCGCUUCGCACAAGCACUUGCAGAAGAGGUGCGCGAACCAAACCGCGGCGUACUUGGCGUGUAAAAAAGGGAACCAAGACCCGGAAAUGUGUUUGAAGGAAGGCGCGAAAGUGACCGGUUGCAUGUUGGACGUUCUGAAAGACUUGAGAGGGAAAUGCCCGGAAACGAUGAAUAAAUACGCGGCGUGCAUGGACUAUCGAUCGAACCAAUUCGAAAAGUGCAGAAAGGAGCAAGCCGCGUUCGAAGAAGAGUGUCCGAUAUAA